CCGUGCGAAUAAACCUUCCUCUUCCUCCUCCCCGAGGCUCCCAUCCCACGUCUCUCAAGAUUCCUCUCUUCUUCAUCAGAUCGCCCAAAAAAUAAAAAAAAAAUACGCUUUAUGAUUUUAUUACACCCGAUUUGUAUGCCCUGAACAAAGCUACAUUCUCGAUUCCACGGUUUUCCUUUCGCUUUUUCCUACGCAAACCCGAACUGCCUGAUCUCAGAUCGAAAUCCCAAGUCCAAUGAGGUGAUUCUCUUGUUGUCGUUGAUCUGGAAGCUAUUGGUAAUGGAGUCGAUUUUGGCGCGCGCUUUGGAGUAUACUCUCAAGUACUGGCUCAAAUCGUUUACCAGAGAUCAGUUCAAGUUGCAGGGCCGUACCGCUCAGCUUUCCAAUUUGGAUAUCAAUGGCGAAGCUUUGCAUGCCAGUAUGGGUUUGCCACCAGCUCUGAGUGUGGCCACGGCAAAAGUUGGAAAAUUGGAAAUCAUGCUUCCAUAUGUCAGUAAUGUGCAAACAGAGCCCAUAGUUGUGCAGAUUGAUAGAAUCGAUCUUGUUCUUGAAGAAAAUCCAAAUUCUGAUGUUCAGAAGGGUCCCAACAGUGCUCAGUCACCCACCGGCUCUGCAAAAAGUAGUGGUUAUGGAUUUGCUGAUAAGAUUGCAGAUGGUAUGACUUUACACGUUAAAGUCGUCAAUCUUCUUCUUGAAACCCGAGGUUCUGCUCACAGUGAAGGAGGUGCAGCUUGGGCUGCACCUCUGGCAUCUAUUACCAUACGCAACCUUGUGCUAUACACCACAAAUGAGAGUUGGAAGGUUGUAAAUCUGAAAGAAGCGAGGGACUUCUCCACGAAUACAGGAUUUAUUUAUUUGUUCAAGAAACUUGAAUGGGAAGCUUUAUCAAUUGAUCUACUGCCACAUCCUGAUAUGUUCACUGAAGCUAAUUUAGCGCGGUCUGAAGAAGGAAAUCUUAGAGAUGAUGAUGGUGCAAAACGAGCUUUCUUUGGUGGUGAACGCUUUUUGGAAGGAAUUUCUGGCCAAGCAUAUAUCACAGUUCAGAGAACGGAACUAAACAAUCCACUUGGGCUUGAGGUUCAGUUACACAUUACAGAAGCUGUCUGCCCAGCCCUAAGUGAACCAGGGUUGCGUGCUCUUCUCCGCUUCUUGACUGGACUUUAUGUUUGCCUGAAUCGAGGAGAUGUGGACUCUCAGCAGCAUUCUACUGAAGCAGCAGGGCGUUCUCUCGUCUCUAUUGUUGUGGACCAUGUAUUUCUUUGCAUUAAAGAUGCUGAAUUCCAGCUGGAACUACUGAUGCAGUCACUCCUCUUUUCUCGGGCCUGUGUUUCUGAUGGAGAAACAGCUAACUAUUUGACUAAGGUCAUGAUUGGUGGGCUAUUUUUAAGGGAUACCUUUUCACGGUCUCCAUGUGCUCUGGUUCAGCCAUCUGUGCAGGUGAUUGAUGAAGAUUUUCAAGCAUCUCCUGAUUUUGCCGAGAAUUUUUGCCCUCCAAUAUAUCCUCUAGGAACCCAGCAGUGGCAGUUAAUUCAGGAUGUUCCUUUGAUCUCCCUCUAUUCUCUUCAAGUCAAGCCCUCCCCAAAACCCCCGCAUUUUGCCUCAAAGACAGUUAUCCAGUGCCAACCACUAAUGGUACACCUUCAGGAAGAAGCUUGUUUAAGGAUUUCCUCUUUUCUGGCUGAUGGAAUUAUUGUAAACCCUCGUGAUAUUUUGCCGGAUUUUUCUGUUAAUUCCCUUCUAUUCACUCUCAAGGAAUUAGACGUUUCUGUUCCAUUAGACAUAGGUAACUUGGAAGAUCCAGCAAUCAGAGAAGACCUUUCCAUGAAAAAGUUAUUUUCUGGAGCAAGGCUCCACAUUGAGAACUUGUCUUUUUCUGAGUCACCAACUCUGAAACUGACGCUACUGAACCUGGAGAAGGAUCCUGCUUGCUUCUGUCUAUGGAAAGGGCAACCAAUCGAUGCCAGCCAGAAGAAAUUGAGAGCCGGGGCUUCGCAUUUUAGUUUAUCAUUGGAAACAACUGCCAACCAGAGCUCUCCUGCUCCGGAAUCAGGCUUGUGGAGGUGUGUUGAAGCAAAAGACGUCUCGAUUGAAGUUGCAAUGGUAUCUGCAGACGGGAAGGCGCUGCAAAUAAUUCCUCCCCCUGGUGGUAUUGUUCGAGUUGGGGUUGCUUGUGAGCAAUAUAUAUCGAAUGCAUCAGUGGAACAGUUAUUUUUUGUUCUGGACCUCUAUGCUUACUUUGGUAAGGUUGGUGAAAAGAUAUCUGUGGUUAAAGAAAGCAAACGUCAGAAUAGGACUGUUUCAUUGACUGGAGGGCUGAUGGAGAAGGUCCCUAGUGAUACUGCUGUAAUCUUGGCAUUGAAUGAUCUGCAGCUUAGGUUUCUCGAGUCUUCAUUCACUAGUAUUCAGGAAAUGCCUCUUGUUCAAUUUCUUGGCAAAGGUCUUUCCAUGAAGGUGGCUCAUAGAACCCUUGGAGGUGCUAUUGCUGUAUCCUCCAACUUAUACUGGGAAAACGUUGAGGUGGAUUGUGUAGAAACUGAAGGAAAACAUGCUGAUGGGAAUGGCUCCAUUAAUUCUCCGGUUAGCAGUAAUGGAUGUACUCAGCUGAGGCCUGUCUUUUGGGUUGUCAAUGGAGGAAACCGAAGGACUGGAAGCAGCACUAUUGCAUCUCCUUUUCUGGACAUAAGCAUAACACAUGUGAUUCCUCUGAGUGAAAAGGAUAAAGAGUGCCACAGUUUAAGCAUCGUGGCUUGCAUUUCAGGUGUACGCCUUGGUGGAGGGAUGAGCUAUGCUGAAGCUUUAUUGCAUCGAUUUGGAAUUCUGGGUGCUGAUGGUGGUCCAGGAGAGGGGCUCUCAAGAGGGCUAAAGCAUUUAUCUUCUGGACCUCUGUCAAAACUUUUUAAAGCAUCUAUAAUUGAUGACGUAAAACAAGGUGGAAGUUCCGGAAAUUGGAAUGGUGGCGGUUUCUCACAUUUGGGAAUGUCUGAUGACAUUGAUGUGUCUGUUGAAUUAAGAGAUUGGCUGUUUGCUUUGGAGGGCAGUGAAGACGUGGCGGAAAGAUGGUUUAACGAUCAUGAAGAUAUUGGAAGAGAAGAAAGGUGUUGGCAUGCGACUUUUCAGAAUUUCCGAAUAACAGCAAAGAGUACACCUAAGCAGGCUGAUGUAAAUGGCGUGGGAAAUCUGCAUGCCAGCCGCAAGUACCCUGUAGAAUCAGUUAUUGUCGGUGUAGAAGGUCUCCAAACAUUGAAGCCCCAAGUGCAGAAGUUGGCCAGCACUUCUAAUGGUUUUCUAGCAAACGGGUACGACAAUGGCCAGAAGUCGGGAGGGAUAAAUAUUGAAGCUCAUAUAGCGGCAUCUGUUGAUGAUGACUCUGUUCAUGAUGAUGCAUUGAACUGGGUGGCUGAAAGUCUCAAAUUUUCUGUCAGACAACCAGUUGAAGCAGUGGUUACAAAGGAUGAGUUGCAACAUCUGAUGUCUUUGUACAAGUCUGAAGUCGAUGCGAUGGGAAGGAUAGUUGCUGGGGUUAUACGUGUGCUGAACCUCGAAGGCUCUGUUGGCCAGGCCGCUCUGAAUCAUCUAAGCAACCUUGGAAGCGAAAGCUUUGACAAGAUCUUCUCCCCUGACCAAAGCCGGGCCAGUACUCCGAGAGGCUUACCCUUUGCUGUAUCAUCAGACCCACCAAGAGAAACCUCGCGGACAACCGUGGAAUCUACAGUCGCUUCCAUGGAGGAGGUGAUAAUGGAGUUAGAAGCAAAGUGCUCAGGUCUAGUUUCUGAUUUCACCGAUUCAGAAUUGUCUGCAAAACGCAUGGAUGAGCUCGAACUACUUAACCAGAAGCUCCAGAGCAUGAAGAGCUUAGUGGCUAAACUAAGGUCCCAAAUCUGAAAUGCCUUUCAUUUCCAAUGGGAGGAAGAGUAGAAUCCCACAAGGUUAUAGUUCAUUACCAGCAAAAUUAUUUUCUGUAUAUAGAAUACAUAGAGAUGAAAUAUUGCAAGUGGAAGUGAGAAAAUUUUGUAUCCUAUAUAUAUAGAGAGAGAGGGUUCACCAAGAUUUUGCCUUUGGUGCGCAUAACCAUAAUGUUUGCAUUUUCAAUUCCUCGAAAGGGAAUGUCUUUUUGGUUCAA